AUUGGCAGAGUCCAAAUUUGAAAAAGGGGAAUAAUGGAAUUUGGAGGAGAAGAAGAAGAAGGGCAGGGGUGGGGGAAGUAGUAAGAGAAGGUCCACGCAGGGCAACAAACGCCCUCAACCUGAACCACUGCGAAUUGAUCGCUCAUGCUCUCUCUCAAUUCCAUUUCUCAAUUCCUUGUUCGAUUCGUUUGUCGCUGUGUUAAAUCCUCCAUUCUCCAUCCUCGCCCUUCCUCCCUUGAGGCAAAGAAAAGAAAGUCUCGGGGUUCAGCCAUGAUUACUCGAUCGAAUCUGGUUGAGCAGUUGAGAGAAUACCAGAUUCGAUCCAAGCACGAGUGGGCUUCCGUCUCCUUCUUCUCUUCUACCUCUAAUAUUACGUCCUCCAGGGUGGAUGUAGUGAUUUUUGUAAUAUGGGAACUCAUAAUUCUAUCCUUCUUGGUGUUUUCGGCAGUUUCUUUAUACUUUCGGCAUAUGCAGUUGGCUUUUAUUUUAGUAUGCAUCACGAUGUUGUUGCUUCUUUGCAUGAAAGUUACAAAGCAAGUGAGAUUGGCUAGGAAGAAGAAAAGAAGGAUGCUACUUCCAUUGUCCAUGUGAAAACCUGAUAGUAGAAUGAGAGAUAUACUAAACUUUUCUUAUGUUAUAAAUUCCCCGAAUUAUAUUCACAAAAAUUAGAUUUGGUCCUUUCUCCUCCCCCAUUACUCUCUGUUAUAUCGUGUUCUGUAAUCACCAGGAAAGCAGGCUUAUCCCAAAAAGAAAGAAAAUAAGGAAAAAAAAAGAAAAGGAAUGAGAAUGUGAGUAGUUUUAGAAAUU